CCGAGGAGGUGAGUGGAUCCUUCUCACGGUAGGAAACGACAGAAGUCGAGAAGCCUUUAAGCGCCUUGACAGGUGAAGGUUGAGCGGCUUCCUGUCCUCGCAAGCGCCUGGCUUCCGGAGGCUGGGGACGUUGUCGACUCCAUGCCAGGCUGGGGGUGAACGCCUGCUCUUCAGAAAUUAUUUAUUUAUGUAUACAGUGUUCUGCCUGCAUGUACACCUGCAUGCCAGAAGAAGGCACCAGAUCUUGUUAUAGUUGGUUGUGGCCCUCCUGUAGUUGCUGGGAAUGAACUCAGGACUUCCUUUAUGUGGAUUCCAGGAUCCAAGUUACAUUGUCAGCACUUUGCCUGGUAGAAUCGGGCUGAUUGCUGAAGCUUUUUUAUCAGCCCAGGGAAAUAGUUACCUUUUGACUUUUUACUUACAAUGGCUUCCAUUCACAAAUUACUGACUGGUACUUAUAUUCAUAGAAAGUUCCUGAAGCCAAGGACUGCAUUGCACCCAUUUGUGGGUGUUCGCUUUGUAGGCUAUUCUUCCAGUAAUCUUCAGAAACAAGUGGCUCCUGCCGACAGCGCUUCCCAGCAGAGAAAGACUGAAGAGGGUGUUCAAGGACAUCACCACAAAGAGGUUGCUGUGGAUAUAACUUCUUCUGACAAGAAACCUGAACUUAGUUUUGAAAAAGCAAUUAGAGAGGAAAUAGUGGGACAUUUUAGGCGUUUGAAGGAUGAAAUUGUGGCUCAUUUGAUAGGUCCAGAAGGCCGCCCACUACAGGAGGUCAUAAUGGAACAAGCCAAGGUUGUCUGGAAGUUUCGUGGAAAAGAAGAUUUGGAUAAGUGGAUAGUGACGUCUGAUAAGACAAUUGGAGGCAGAAGUGAAAUAUUCUUGAAAAUGAGCAAGAACAACCAAAGUGCCCUCCUUUAUGGAACUCUGAGCUCUGAGGCACCUCAAGAUGGGGACAGUAGCCAAAGUGGAUACUGUGCGAUGAUAUCCAGGAUUCCAAGGGGUGCCUUUGAAAGGAGGCUGUCUUACGAUUGGUCCCAGUUCAAUACGCUAUAUCUCCGGGUCCGUGGGGACGGCCGGCCUUGGAUGGUGAAUAUCAAACAAGACACAGAGUAUAUCCAGAGGAAAAAUCAGAUGUACAGUUACUUCAUGUUCACCCGUGGUGGGCCCUACUGGCAGGAAGUCAAGAUUCCUUUCUCAAAAUUUUUCUUCUCAAAUCAAGGAAGGGUACGAGAUACCCAGCACCCACUUGUUCUGGACAAGAUCUCUUCUAUAGGAUUCACCCUGGCUGACAAGGUGGAUGGACCAUUCUUUCUGGAAAUAGAUUUUAUUGGUGUGUUUACUGAUCCAGCCCAUACAGAAGAAUUUGCUUAUGAGAAUUCUCCUCUUUUACAAAGACUUUCCAGAUAGAGAACUGAACUGGGGACAGAUUUGAGUAAACUAAGUAGAGUGGUGAUCACAAAAUAUAGACCAAGUAAAGCCUUUCUCUCUACCACCUCCCUCCAGCCUUUUUCUGCUGUGCUGAGAGCUGAAAUGGAGUGCAGGGCCUCAUGUAUGCUAGACAAAUAGGAGCUAUGCGCCUGUCCCCAAAUGAGCAUUUGUUUAAUGGUAAUGAAUGUUGCUAUAUAUCCCUUAAUGUUAAAUGCUGUUGCUUAGAGAGAGAAGGUCAGUGGGAACCCACAUGAAACCAGAGCUGAGCUUUAGCUAACAGAGCCACAAUGUAAGGAACACGUUUGCCAGGUAAGUUGCUACAGGAGCAUGUCCUAUGUAAGGAGACAGUUUUCAAAUUGGUGUCUUUGGGGCAACUGUGGUUGAUCGUUGAUCGUAUACCACUCCACCCUUCUGUUUCCUGACUGGCCUUUGAGGAAAGGAGCCUGCUAAAUAGUGUGAAGAUAACUAUGCCAUGGAAGUCACUGGGAAAUGGGAUACCUAUGUAGAGAGCUUGCCUUCCAACGACAUCUGCUUAGUAGUUAUUUCAUCUUACAUACCUGUUGCUGAUGGGAGAGAGACUAUGGUUGCUGACGAGCCCCAUUCAUUAAAAAAAUGUCACAGAGGGGCUGCAGAGAUGGCUCCACAGAGUUCCCAGGUUCCAUUCCCAGCACCUGCAUGGCACCCCAGAAGUGUCUCUUCCAGGGGAUCUGAUGGUCUCUUCUGGCCUUCAUGGUCUCCAGUCUCACCUGUGAUGCACAGACAUACAGGCACUCAAAACACCCAUAUGUAUUAAAUGAAAGGCAUUUAAAGGCUUGUUUUUAUUUUAUGUGCAUUGCUGUUUUCCCUGCUUGUAUUGUCUGUGCACCAUGUCUGUGCAGGUCCAUAAAAGCCAGAAGAGGGUGCUGGAUCCCUUGGAGCUGGAAUUACAGACAGUUGUGAGAUAGAACAGCACCCUAGGAGACAAAAUUUCAAAUAAGAUAUUCAAGGAAAGAACAUUUUUAGCAUCUUGCCCAGUAUCCAUUUAAUAUAUUUGCAUGUUAUUACUCUUAAAUUUUUGACAGUUUUAUUUAGGUAUAAUUCAUGCAAUAUAAAAUUAGCCUAUCUAUGUAUAA